AAACAAUACCUAAAGCUAAAUGCCUAAACAGAUUAUGGCAAUUUAAUGAAAGCUCACACAGCCCACUAGGCGCCAGUCCAGUCCAGUCCACCACCCAGCAACCCUUCUCUGCCGCGGUUCCGCCUCUUGGUAUUCAAAGAACGGCAAUAUUCCCGCUACCGGAACCCCGCUCACCAACUUAUUUGAAACCCUCCAUUUGAAAAAAAAGUUUGCACCAAAAUUUUAUCUUGCUCCACAGAUUAUUUACUUUGGCAACUCCCAUCAAUCAAUUCUAGCUAAUUGAGAAAUACCGACCUCCUAAAAUUUCUGCAGCUGCCAAACCAGUAAGCUUAUUCUUCCACUUUACUUGUAUUACGCACACUGAUCAAGUUGAAAUGCUUUGGUCAUUUAUUUCUUCUUUAUUUUAUUUUUUCCAAGAAUUUGAUUAUGCUGCUUGUGGACUUACCGAAAGUCAGUAAUAAUAAAUCAUUAUCUGGAGAUGAUAUGGCGGUUGAGAUAUAAAUUCUGGAAAGCUUUAGAGCUCAAACCCACUUCAUAUUUUCUUGUAAAGAGCCAACCUUUGGUUGCGAUUCACUAUCUUGCUUCACCACUUCAGAGUCCAACAACUGAAAAGCACAAAAAGUUUGAGACUUUUUUGACUAGGGAAGAAUUUUAUAGCAAGAGUUCUGGAAAUAUAGUGCUCAAUCCUCACAUUGUGCAAAAAACUUUGAUAGAUUGCCGUUCGGAUGUAGUUGCUUUAAGCUUUUUCUUGUGGUGUGCUCGCCAGCCAGAUUAUUUCCAUGAUAGGGCCGCCUUUUCUCAUAUGGUGAAUGUAGUUUCUCGGCUUAUUCAAAGAUUCUCCACGCUUGGAGGACUCCUUGAGGAGUUAGCUCAUGUUGGUUGUGCGACAAAACCUCAGACUUUGCUGCUUUUGUUGAGAAUUUUCUGGUAUGGGAAAAUGUAUGAGCUAGUUUUCGAGGCUUUUGAGGAAAUGCUGCGCCAUGGUUAUACCCCAAAUACUUUUGCUCGCAAUAUCGUUGUGGAUGUGCUGUUUAAGAUUGGGAAGGUUGGCGCAGCGCUUAAAGUUUUGGAGGAGACUGAGGUACCAAAUUUUUUGUCAUUUAGUAUUGCCGUAUGUAAUUUGUGCAAGCUCAAUGAUUUGAUUAACAUGCGCAAUGUGCUUAGGAACAUGUUGAGAAAUGGUUAUUCUCUUAAUCCUGAGACUUUUUUGUCUGUGUUGAAUUGUUAUUGCAAAUUGGGUAGACUGGAAGAGGCAUUGCAGCUAUUAAGUCUUAUGAUUACUUUGGGUGUUCCUACCUCUGUGAGUGUGUGGACUGUGUUAAUUGAUGGAUUCUGUAAGCCUGGCCAACUUGAUGUUGCGAGUUUUUUACUGGACAAAAUGGUUCAGAGUGGAUGUUCUCCAAACAUUGUGACAUGCACUUCUUUAAUUAAAGGAUUUCUAGAAGCUAAGAUGCCUAACAAGGCUUUUAAGAUCUUAAGUGCCAUGGAGUCCAGGGGAUGUUAUCCUGAUUUGUUUCUUUGCAAUGUAUUAAUAGAUCAUCUAUCUAAGAUGGGAAGAUAUGAUGAAGCACUUGAUUUCUUCUUUAAUCUGCAAAAACAAGGAUUAAUCCCCGAUCCUUACACUAUAUGUUCUAUUUUGUCUGCCAUCUGUUCUUCCCAGGAGUUUCUUCUUCUACCUUUAUUAAUCAGUGGACUGGUCAUAGAACCUGACUUAGUGAUGUGUAACUCCCUUCUAAAUUAUUUCUGCAAGGCCGGUCACCCAACUGGCGCCAUUGAGUUUUACAAUGACAUGAUAGACAGGGGUUUUAAGCCAGAUAAAUAUAGUUAUGCUGGAUUACUGAGUGGACUUUGCAGAUCAGGUAGGAUUCAUGAGGCAGUUAAUGUGUAUAAUGGUAUUGUUCAAGAACAUCUUGGCCUUGAUUCUCAUCUUCAUACUAUAAUCAUCGAUGGGCUUAUAAAAACUGGCAACUUCCACAGUGCAAUCAAAUUUUUCAGGAAAGCUGCUCUACAGAAUUUCCCUCUGGAUGUUGUGUCCUAUACUGUAGCCAUCAAUGGACUCCUAAAGGGCGGUCGAGCUGGAGAGGCAUAUAAUUUGUUUUUCCAAAUGAAGGACCUUGGUAUAACUCCUAAUAUAUACACAUAUAAUCUGGUACUCUCUGGUUUCUGCAAGGAUAGAGAUGUCAAAAUGAUUAAAGGAAUUCUUCAAGAAAUGUCUGAUGUGGGGGUGGAGAUAGACAACAGUACAUUAAAUUUGAUGAAAAGUUUCCUCUACAAAUGGCACUGCUACCGUCCAGUAUUUGAGCUUUUUGUGGAGUUGUGGGAUUCCGGAUUGCUGCCAAAGAAAAUGUAUGCUUUAUUGACUGAUGAACUUGGUCAUGGUCUUUUAGCUGAUGAUGCACCUAAAAGUAAUCUAGCAAAAGUUCCAGACGCUGGCAUUGUAGGCUCAGAUGAAUUGUGCGGUUUGGCUGCUUCAGUAGGUUGACAUAAUGCCUGGGAGAGACUUGGCUUUGUAGUUUUCGCUGACGGCGUAACUUCUCCUCCUCAGACAGCUGUGUCAUUGUGUCAUCCACUACAUCUUAGCUCAGACCAGGGUUAAAUAUUUUAUUGAGAUCUUGCAGUCUGAGGCUUGCAGCUGCAGGUCUUCUCAGGUUUCAAGUGAAUUUCCAAAACUUUCACCACUAUAAGCUAAGAGGGAGCUGAUAAUAGGCUCAUGAUUCUUUAUGGAUAAGUAGAAUGGAGCUGAGUUCACUGGAAGUUUUUCUACUUUGGCUAUUAAGGAGCUUCAGUAAAAGUAUGUUCAUCUAUAUGAUAAACCAGUUCACCCAUUAGACUUGCACGAGAUUCAGUCUGAUCAACUCGGUGCAGAGUAAUAAAUUUUAAGGUUUCAGCAGAAGCUCUGCGCAUUGGCAACAAUACUGCAGUUGAACCUUAUUGCAAAAAUAAUGGGAAGAAGACAGAAGAUGAACUAAUCAUUUUACCGUCAAUAUGUGAAUCAUUGCGUGUUCAGGGGUUGCGUUAUUGUUAUUUAGUCCAUAGAAGAUCAAGAGACGGGCUUGCACAGUUCAUGCAAUAAUCCAGCGUGACAUUAUUGUAUUCCAGUUCUGUUGUAUGACAAUAUGAUACAUUAUUAAUUUCUCUGACAGCCCCAAAGCGGCUUGGUUUCAAGAUGUAAAUACAUUAUUGACUUCCCAAGCACAUGCAGCAGAAGAUGGGAUGGUCAUCUGAAAUCCCAUACGCAGAAUAGUUUGAUCAAGUGGAGCAUAGUUCGUUCAACUGGAUGGUGUCAAUCUUGAAAUGCGAUAUUCUGAGCUUGGAACAGAAGAUGUAUGUUGUUAACUGGUAUUCUGUCGAGAUUCAUGUCAUGAGAAUUCAGUAUGGCGAAAAUGAUGUUGGUCCAUUUAUUUGGAAUUGGGGGGAAACGCUUUUGUACGGUAAAUGUGGUACAUAUUUUUUUCUUCUGUUUCUUCCCUUACUGUUACUGAGUAUGACCUUGCUGGCUUGCUGCUAAUUGGCAUAUUCUACUA